AAAUGCAGGUUCCACACUUCUUUUGGUUGCAUAUGCUUCUGUUUUUGUGCUUUUGCGUUGGCCACUCGACUGGUUUCAAUGCAACGGCUGCAAAGGCUAAUGUAGGAGUGGUUCUUGAUCUUGACACUCCUCUUGGAAAGAUAUGCAAGACUUGCAUCUCUAUGGCGAUCGAAGAUUUCUACUCCAACCGCAAUUACAACACCAUGAUCGAGCCUCAUUUCAGAGACUCGAGGAGUGAUGUUGUUACUGCAGCUUCUGCAGCUAUAGAUUUGUUGAAGAAGGCUCAGGUGAUGGCGAUACUCGGGCCACCAAAAUCCGUUCAAGCAGACUUCGUGAUAGAUAUUGGUGACAAAGUGAAGGUUCCAAUAAUAUCUCCAGCAACAAGCCCAUCUCUAUCGCCUAAACAGUCACCGUACUUCACAAGAUCAGCAUGGUGUGCCUCUUCGCAGGUCAAAGCAAUCGUAGCAAUUGUGAAGAAAUUCGGUUGGAGGGAGGUUGUUAUUGUGUACGAGGAUAGCAGUUGCGGAAGAGGAUUAUUACCCUAUUUGACUGUGGAUCUGCUAAAGGGAAAUGCUUUGGUGUCGCAUCAAAGUGGUAUUCCAUCUGAUGCCACUGAGGAUCAAAUCCGUGUGGAACUCUUGAAGUUGAUGAAGAUGCAGACAAGGGUGUUUGUGGUUCAUAUGCUUCAAGGCCUUGCAUCCCUUUUCUUCAAGGCGGCGAAGGAAGCAAGGAUGAUGGACAAGGGGUAUGCUUGGUUGAUUUCUGACGUGCUGACCAGUCUCUUGGUUUCUAUGGAUUCGAAGACUAUGGAGGCUAUGCAAGGUGUACUAGGUGUGAAGGCUUAUGUUCCAGAAUCAAAUGAUCUUGUGAACUUCGAGAAGAGAUGGAGCAAGAGGUUUCAUGAGGAGAAUAGGGACUUGUACGGAGCAAAACUCAAUGUUUUUGGUUUGUGGGCUUAUGACAUGACAACAGCUUUGGCAGAGGCAAUCGAACGAGUUGGUGUGACAUCCCCGCAGUUCAUCAGAUCAGCCCGCCAAGGAAAUAUGACAGAUUUGGAAGGAAUAGGAGUUUCAUUGGCUGGACCAUCACUAGUUGGUUUGAUCAAAAACCACACGUCCAAAGGGCUGAGUGGCGAUUUCAGCAUAAGUAACGGGCAACUGCAGCCGUCUGCAUUUGAGAUAGUUAAUGUGAAUCGCGGAAAAGAAAUCACAGUUGGAUUCUGGACCAGAAAAUGUGGAAUUUCGAAGGAACUUAAGCCAGAUGAUGAUUGCUCAAUAGAAAAGGAAAAUCUUGAUCCUAUUGUAUGGCCAGGCAAAGAGACUAAAGUGCCAAAAGGUUGGGAAAUUCCUAUAAGUGGGAAGAGUUUAAGAGUUGGAGUUCCGGCAAAUGAUGGUUUCGAUGAAUUUGUCAAAGUUGAAACAAAUAACGAAACAGGUGUUGUUGAAGCAACUGGCUUUUGCAUUGAUGUUUUUAAUGAGGUACGGAAUAAAAUGCAAUAUCAAGCCUCAGUCGAAUAUGUUCCAUUCGACACAGAAGGGGAAGGUUAUGAUGAACUUGUUCACAAAUUAGAGGAAAAGGGUUUUGAUGCAGUGGUGGGAGAUGUAACGGUCACAGCCAGAAGAUCCGAGCAAGUAGAUUUCACAUUUCCUUACUCAGAAUCUGGAGUUGCCGUUGUUGUCCCAGUCAAGCCCAACGAGAGGAAGGAUGCUUGGAUAUUUAUGAAACCUCUGAAAACUAGGCUCUGGCUAACAGUUGGGGCGUUCUUUGUCUUCACUGGGUUUGUCGUUUGGGUCCUUGAGCAUCGCGUGAACAAAGCAUUCCAGGGUCCACCUAGGGAGCAAGUUGGGAUGGCGUUCUGGUUCUCAUUCUCAACGCUUGUUUUUGCGCAAAGGGAGAAACUGAGGAGCAACUUGACAAGAUUCGUGGUGAUUGUGUGGGUGUUCGUUGUGCUUGUUUUGACGUCAAGUUACACUGCAAACUUGGCGUCCAUGCUAACAGUAGAUCAACUGCAACCUAAAAUCAACGAUAUUGAUGACCUGAUAAAGAAUGGAGAGUAUGUUGGCUACCAAACGGGCUCAUUCGUUCAUGAAUUCUUGACAAACAACCGCAUUCUUGAAUCCUCAAGCCUAAAAAACUAUAGCACUUUGGAACAAUUCCAUGAAGCACUCUCCAAGGGGAGCAAAAACGGAGGAGUAGGUGCGAUUAUUGAUGAACUCCCCUACAUUCGCCUGCUCCUCUCCAAGUACUGCGACAAGUAUAUCAUGAUUGGUCCACCAUAUCCGACAUCUGGCCUUGGAUUCGCAUUUCCAAAGGGUUCACCGCUAGUUUUUGAUGUUUCACGCGAGAUCUUGAGAAUGAAGGAGGACAAGGACUUGAUGGUGAGGAUGGCAAAGAAAUGGCUUGGAGAUGAAAAAGAUUGCCCCAACAUGGAUGGAGCUCUGAAGGCCUCACAAGGCCUCGAUCUUGACAGUUUUAAGGGGCUAUUCCUCAUUGCCGGGGUGUCAUCAAUACUAGCUCUAGCUGUAUACCUGUCCUAUUUCUUGUAUGAAAAUCGGUGUGUAUUAGAAUCUACCGCUUCAAGGAAGGAAAAGCUUCUCUGGCUUGUUAGGAAUUUUUCGAAGGAGAAAGUUGUGUCGUUGUCAUCAAUGGACACACAGAGUCCUGAUGGUGCAGUCGGAGUU